AUGGCAUCUGCACAGCAACUUAGCCUGCCCGACGGCCGCGUUCUCUCAUACGACUUGUCGGGCCCGGACGCAAAGCCCGUCGUGUUGCUAGCCAACUCGCUUGCGGCGCCCUUUACGCUCUGGGACCAUGUUGUCAAGGUUCUCCACGACAACGGCUUCCGCACCCUGCGCUUUGACCAGCCCGGCCACGGCAGGUCGUCGGCACCAAAGGGCCUCGACACCGAGUUCGAGACGAUAGCCGACGACGUGCACUUGCUCGUCAAGUCGCUCAAGCUCGAGAAGCUCUUCGCUUGGGUCGGCGUGUCCAUGGGCGCGGCGACGAGCUUCUACUUCGCCACAAAGUACCCCGGCAUCAUCCAAAAGCUGGCCAUCUGCGAUACCAUCAGCUCGUCGCCGAAGCACGCCGGCGUGGAGGACUUGUUCGGCCCGCGGGCCAAGGCGGCGGGGGAAACCGGCAACAUGGAGGUCCAGGUCGACCAGACAAUGGACCGGUGGUUCGGCGCCGAAUGGAUCAAGGCCAAUCCUCAAGAGGCGGCUCGCACACGCGCCAUCAUGAAUCAGACCACCGUCGAGGGAUUCCAGACGUGUUGCUUUGCGCUGCAGAGCGACCGCUUCGAUAUCCGGCCUCUGUUUGAGAGGAUUGGGUCGGGCGUUGACGAGGCGCUGUUGGUUGUUGGCGAAAAGGACGCAAAUCUGCCGCAGGCGAUGAAGGAGAUGCGAGACAAGGUCGAGGCGGGAUUCAAGGCGGCGAGCAAGGACAACAAGAUUGAGCUCAAGGUGAUCAAGAACGCGGGCCACGUGCCGUUUGUCGACAACUUUGAGCAGUUUAAGGAGGUGAUUCUGGCCUACCUCAAGGCGUGA